CUGUGACUGCUUUACCUAAUUAUUUGAUGGGUGAACACGCAUGCGCGAAGUGAAACGCUAUCGAAGCUUGCCUCCUGAAGUAGCAGGGAGGGACCCUCGGUAAGUUAACCUUCCUGGUGACGCGGAACAUGGACCAGGACUUCAGUUUCAUCUGCAGUCUUGAUACUGGGGUUUCAAGAUCACCAUGGCCCUUACUCUCAGGUGGCCAGGGUUGAAGCUCCAAGGACUCUGAAAUAAACCAGGCAUGAACUGACUGGCGGUUAAACAUCACUGCAGUCCUCAGAGGAGAGAGGUUUAUUAAUCCAGGUGGCCAUUAAGGUGAUAGACAAGAAAAAAGCACGGCAGGACUCAUACGUCCUGAAGAACAUGAAGAGGGAACCUCGUAUUCAUCAGAUGGUGCGACAUCCUCACAUCGUAGUCCUGUUUGAGACUCUGGAGACAGAGAACAGCUACUACAUGGCCAUGGAGCUCUGUGCAGGAGGAGACCUGAUGGACAGGAUCUGUGAGAGGAAGAGGCUGGAAGAGCGCGAGGUGCGGCGCUACACCCGACAGAUCCUCUCUGCAGUGGAGCACCUGCACAAACACGGCAUCGUGCACAGAGAUCUGAAGAUUGAGAACUUCCUGCUGGACGAACAUAACAACAUAAAGAUUGUCGACUUUGGCCUUAGCAACACUCUGAAGGCAGAGUCGUUGUCUCUGGAGCUUCUCAACACCCAGUGUGGAAGUCCUGCCUACGCAGCCCCCGAGCUGCUCGCCCACAGGAAGUACGGACCCAAAGUGGACGUCUGGUCGGUAGGUGUGAGCAUGUUUGCCAUGCUGACAGGGACUUUGCCCUUCACUGUCGAGCCUUUCAACAUCAAACAGCUGCACCAGAAGAUGGUAAAGGGGGAGAUCAGCAGCAUCCCCAGUGACGUCAGCGAAGGUGCAGCGUCAUUUGUGUUGUCCCUGCUGGAGCCGGACCCGACCAAGAGACCCAGCGUCAGAGCUGCGAUGGAGGAAAGAUGGAUCAACGAGGGAUAUGCCAAGAAACCACUACACACACUCGCUCAUAAAAACAGAUUGUGUCCAGAGGACAUCAACUCGUCUGUGUUGGCACACAUGACAGAGACGCUGGGCUACUCCCCGUCUGAAACCAUUCACACCAUUACCACCAACCGACCCUCCGCCAUCAUGGCCUCCUACCACCUUCUGGUCAACAAGCUCAACAGGAGUCAUAGGGCAACCAAGGCCAGCAAGAAGCUGGAGACCAAUGACUGGAUUCUUCCCAGCAAGAACACGUGGAGAGAGAAGAAUAACACUGAAUCAAAGACGCAGCAACAGAAUGAAGCAACCAGCGGAAAAAGCUCAAAGCAAUGCAACAGGCCUCUGCAAGCCCAGCAGGCAGCUGACUGUCAAAGCAACAGGAGGAGGACCGAGGACCUUCAGCGAAAGCACGACAGGGAGGACGACGAGAACCGCCCCCCGUCUUCCUCGUUGCCCCAGCUACCUCGCUCUGCCUCCCCCCCAAUGCCCCCUCGCAUUCCCUCCCCCUCCCCUGCCUGUCUGUCUGCGGGAGAUGGGCCUACUGAUGAGGAGGUCGCCAUUACCCUGGACAAGAGAGAGAAACUGUUUCCCGAGGUGUCCGUGUUCAGAGAAAAGGAACUGGUUCAUCUGUGUCCUCCUAAGAGUUCUGCAUCGCAGCUCUGUGACUCCGCCCCUUGCCAAGUCCCCCUGCCCGCUGAGCCAAUCAAAGACAACAGCACAGCGAGACCAAUCCGACACACGCACCUGCUCCGGACGACUCAGUCGGACGGGGCAGCAGCAGACCCCGGGUCAGACUGUUUCCAUGACAACCGCAACCAGGACGACCGCUCCCAUCACCUGAGCAUCACCGAGCGGCUAGAGAAGCUGCAGACGUUUUACUCCUCGGACAAGGGUGGCAUCUCUCCCAGGAUGCUCCUUGAGGCUGACACGCGCACCACAACCCCCUCGGACAGAGACCACCCGGGCUCCAUGGAGACAACGCAGACGUCACCCUCUGGCCCCUUGCCACGCUUGCGCAAUGUGGGGCUGAAGGACGGAAGAGCCAGGAAGAUGACGUGGGUGGGGCUGACCCGACCUGGGCCCCCCGGACUCCUGGUCAAUGGGUCCAAACCUCCUGCCUUCCCCUCACAGAGACAACACACUCUGGUCAUGAAGAGCCUCAGGCAGGAGAGAGGGAAGAGGAGAGACCUGCCAGGAGCCGGAGCCGCAGGAGAGAGAGGGACAGCGGGAGGAUCAAAGAGGAACUCGGUUCAGUUGCGGUCGUCCCUCCAGCGCCGGGUGGCGGACCUGAACCUGCCGCUGUUACCUGCAGCCCUGCAGGGAAAAGAUGACAAGAAGAGCCAGCUACACAGUAUGGACUACUGACACAUAGAGAGGAGGAUGGUAGAGCAGCACUGAUUAGACAAGGGAAGGAGGGAGAGGAGAUAAGAAUGAGGUCAGUGAUACAAGUAGCAACCAAUUCAUAAAUGCCAGUUGUAAAGAAAUAGUGGCGGACGGAGGAGGCUGCAUACGGUCACGUGCAGUCACAGAGGUUGUAGCUACAGUGCAUGGACCUCUGGAGAUAUGAGGACUGUGCACAGACAUUUUGAGAAAUGCUACAAAGAGAUACUGAAGCUGAUAUUCUCCACUUGUACUGGUACUGGUUACAUCCACAUAAGAUUUCAUCACAAACACCAGACAGUAUGGAUCAGUUAUGUGCUGCAGUGCCAAAAAUUUAAACCAUGACUCCUCUUUAAUUCAAAUAUGACCUUUGAUAUUUUUUACCGUUGAACCAUUAUUUUUCUUUGAAUACUGUUCUUACAUACAUUUUUGUACUAACGUUCAAAGUAAUAGUAAAAAAUACAAGUCUGAAUUCUA